UCACUUCUGGAAACAAGCUUCACAUUGGCACAUGUGAAAAUGAAAGCCUGCCUGGGAUAUCCGAGGCAAAAAGAUCUUGUUUGACAACACUCGAGCACUGGGGAGAAGGCGCUGGGCUGAAGUUUGUUCUGUCCCUAGUCAGAACCACACCCGGAUUUAUCGUCUCAUUCUCUCUGUCCGCCUUUUGGACACUCUGCAUUGUGGGGAUGAGCUCCGUACUUUAGGUGGGCAAACUGACACUUAUUUGGUUAGAAUAAGUGGCUACGGGCGAUGGCUAUAACUCACGCUGCGGCUGAGUACGUGUUCUCGGAUUUUCUUCUGAAGGAGCCGGGGGGUUGCAGACUCCGGGGAGUGAGACUGGAACUGGCCGCGGAUAAGAUAGUCACACUGGUAUCGGCUGGCCUGCCUCUCCUGCUCAUCUCUCUGGCCUUUGCUCAAGAAAUCUCAGUAGGUGCCCAAAUUAGUUGUUUCUCCCCAAGUUCUUUCUCUUGGCGACAAGCAGCUUAUGUAGAUUCCUACUGCUGGGCUUCAUUGCAUCGACCUUUACCAAAGCAUGAUGCAGAAAGAAUCCCAUUGUGGCUUCAUAAGGUGUUUCCAUAUGUUCUUCUGCUUGGGGCAAUCCUUAUGUAUAUUCCAGCCUUAUUUUGGCAGUUCACUGCAGCACCUCAGCUUUAUGGUGAAUUAACUUUUAUAAUAGAAGAGCUUGAUAAGGCUUACAAUCGUGGAAUUAGAUUAGCACAGCACAUUGCCAGCACUAGUGGAUUUGAUGUCAACGGCUGGCCCCAAUCCUUUGGGGAACCGAGUGGUGCCAAGGAGAAGAAGGAGAAUUUUUUCCAAUUCCCAAUCGUGGAGCGUUACUUGAAAUCAAAAGAAGAUUCCUGGAAUAUGUUGACAUUGUAUCUUAUCCGCAAAGGCCUCGCUCUUACUUUUCUUAUACUUGCCUGCAUCUACUUGGGGUAUUACAUCUCUCUGACCUUUCUCACGGAUGAAUUCAGAUGCUCAGUCAAAACUGGUAUUUUGGGGAAUGAAACAAGCAUACCAGAAUUUUUUCAAUGCAAACUCAUUUCUGUUGGAAUUUUUCAACUUCUAAGUAUUGUCAACAUUGUUGUAUAUAUCCUCCUUAUACCAGUUGCAGUGUAUAGCAUGAUUUUUCCUUUCAGAAAAAACUUCACUUUUCUAAAGGUAUAUGAACUUUUACCACAGUUUGAAGUGAUGAACAUUACCAAAGGUUAUUGGAAUGAUUUGAAUCUGUACCUUCUAUUCCUGGAAGAAAAUAUCAGUGAAAUAAAAUCCCAUAAAUGCCUUAAAGUGCUAGAACACAUAAAAGGUAAGGAGUUAUUAGAACCAUCUAUGAUGGAUGCAAUGAUGCCUUUAAUAGCCCUUGGACAAGUCAAGUCAGAUACAGUGGAUGGUUUGGCCAAACACAAGAAAGCUGAUCAAAAAUCUGACCCCAAUAUGGACCAGAAUGCAACACAACUGAAAGUAAUUACUAAAUCGGCUUCUGUAGAAGAUGGGAUCAGAUCCACCGAUGAAGAAAGAGACGAGUCCAUGGCUUUACGACAAAGACUUCUGGAAUCUCAAAUUUGUAGUUCAAACUGUUAAAAUAUGGAAUUAACAAUGUGCAUCAGUUCCUAAAGACAAAUAUGAGAUCUUAAUUUAUAAGAUUAUU